AUUUUGUUUGUUUGUUUUUAUUUGAACACUUUAACGUAGUCGUCUUUAUGUUCAAUAUUAUGUCACUGCGUCUGUAGCAGCUCUGAGCUCAUUAUCAUGUCCGCUCUGCGGUCCUUGCAGGGACUAAAAUAUAUUGCACUUGAAAAUGCACUUUUCAUCAGAAGACAACGCGUGAAUGUUAAACCUAUUAUCUCUAUUUUAUCAUCAUAUGAAACCAAUACCUUUACACUUUAUUCUGUGCGCCUCUUUAACAUCUACGCUGGUACCACGUUCUUUGCUCUUCUAGGACCUUGACGCAUCGUCUCCAUUCAGCGAUUGAACGGGGAAGAGUGAGACUAUUCCUUCGCCUGGCGACGUCGGCGAAGAGCAGGGCUGUAAUGUCCGGAGCGGCCGGUGGAGGAGGGGGCUCCUCCUGCCUCGGCGCCGCAGCGGCAGCCAGUUGCAGCUCCGCCGGCUCUCCCUACGCCGCCGCGGCCGGAGGAGGCGCGGGGGUGGCCGGGAGGCUGCCGGCGCGGGUCCUGGAGCACGUCUUCUCCUACCUGGAGCUGUCCGACCUCAUGCGCUGCUCGCUGGUCUGCUGGCACUGGAACAACAUCCUGGCGGAUGAAAACAGCGAGGUGUGGCGCAGCCUCUGCACUCGGACACUGAGCGACGAGGCUCUGCGGUCUGACAUCCUGUGCAACCUGCUCACCUACAGGGGGAAGCUCAAGGCCUUCCAGUUCGCCCUGAGCUCCCACGACUGCUCCCGUAACGUCUACGUGAAGAAGAACGGCUUCACCCUGCACCGCAACCCCAUCGCCCAGAGCACCGAUGGCGCCCGUGGCAAGAUUGGCUUCUCCGAGGGGCGCCACGCCUGGGAGAUCUGGUGGGAGGGCCCCCUGGGCACCGUGGCGGUGAUCGGCAUCGCCACCAAGCGCGCGGCGAUGCAGUGCCAGGGGUACGUGGCCCUGCUGGGCAGCGACGACCAGAGCUGGGGCUGGAACCUGGUGGACAACAACCUGCUUCAUAACGGAGAGGUUAAUGGAAACUUCCCACAGUGUAAUAACGCUCCCAAAUACCAGAUCGGAGAGAGAAUACGAGUGAUCCUAGACAUGGACGACAAGACGCUGGCUUUCGAGAGGGGGUUUGAGUUUCUCGGCGUGGCGUUCCGUGGACUGCCCAAGGCCUGCCUGUUCCCCGCCGUCUCAGCUGUGUACGGCAACACUGAGGUCACCAUGGUGUACCUGGGGAAACCCCUGGACGGCUGACGGCGGAACCACGCGCGCAGUUUAAGCUAACGGGCCGCCAGCGAGCGCAGGACUCGUCUGUCGGCGAGGUGCCAACCGUGUUUGUCGCACUGUGUCAAAAGGUUUUGGAGGCUGAGAGGCCGCGUUUGAUUCAUCGCAGAAUAACUCUAGUCACACACACGAGGAGAACUGUGGGCAUUUCUACUACCGCUCAACAUGAAGUCAGGAUGAGACCGGACUGGGUGGGGACUGGAAGUGUCCACUUUUAAAGUUCAGCUGCUGGACUAUUUUAUUUUACAGGACAUCACAGAAUUUGAUAUGAUUCGGGCAGUUACUUGAGAUUUUAUGUCUGUUCAAUUGCAGCCAACCUGUGAACUGUGGCAAAUACUUUAAAACACCAUUUUAUUCAGUGUAACAGUAGUUGUUAUGAAUUGCUGCCUGUUGUAUGAGUUAACGGAUCAACAGUUGAACUAUAGCUUAUGACUGGGUUCCGUUGUUCUGAGGACAAACUGACGUGAUCUGAUGUUGUAUUUUCCAAUAGAGGACGUGCAGACCAGUUGUCAUGCAUGUGUGUAGAUAGUGGGUCUGAAACAACAAGCUCAUCAGUAACAUUGACAGCUAUUCCCGUAUCAUGUUAAUGUCUGUCCUUUUUAAUGUGCUACGUAGUAUUACACACUAUUUAUUUCAUGGUUUUAUCUAUGGUACUAUAGAUACUGUAUGACUAUAAGGCCGGUAAAUAAAGUCUACAUGGUGCCACUCUUAGGAAA